CGUCUGUCUUCUGAGAUGACUUUUAGAAUGUGGACAUGUCUCGGAUCUUUCACCUCACUGAGGCAUCUUACCAUCUCAGACUCAUCUCUCAGUUUCCCUCCAUCACCUCCUGAGCUACCAUCCGUCACAAAGCUAUCAGUCAAGGGAGUGACGUCGCAAAGCUAUAUUGUUCUAAUCUCAUCGCUCCCUGGUUUGGAAGAUAUCAGUAUCACGAUAGAUGAUGCGGAGGGAGACAUUGCUCGUUACACCGCUGUUCUUCGUCGGACAGCAGGGCAGAAACUCAAACACAUAUAUCUACAUGGUCCGUCAUCACGUUCACCAGAGAAGAACCGUGUAUCGAGAGAGAAAAUGAGAGGACUGGGUCUGUUGAUCAAAGAACAUACACAGAACCUGCAUGGGUUCUUUCUCGAAAGGAUGAAGUGUACAGACGAGGAUGACUUUGUUUACCUAAUAGAGUGCUGCAGACGUGUGAAGACGAUGCAAUACGUAUUGCUCGUUGAAUGUGGGACGACGAGGAGUGGCAGGCUGCAGUCUCACCUCAAGCAACUUCACUAUGGAUCUUCCGACAGUCUCAAUGUGCAUGUUUACCAUGUAAGAUAUACUGUUAUGCUUCUACACUGUAUAAUUUCAAUGUCACAUUAAUGCAUACCAGCAAUAGAAUUUAUGGUU